AAAGAAAACAAUCCAACCAUCAUGCACAGAAACUUCUUUCUGCUCUCUUUAUACCUGCUUGCUCUGGUGAUCUGUGGCUCGGCUGCUGACAGUGCUGGAUAUGUACCGCUGAAGAGCGAGCUUCUGUGCAGGCAAUGCUCCAAAUGCGACACGUCGACAUGCCCACCAAGUGAAGCCUACCCCCACAUGACUGCUUGGGACAACACUCUCAUUGCCGGUGCUUUGCAAUCCGAUUAUGUCGCCGCCACCGACAGAGGAGUUUAUUCUGUCCCAAAUGUUUUGGGUGGUGAGUCUGCCAAUUACAAUGCCUAUUAUGGUUGGCAAUCCACUUCUGGUUCAGCUUCUGGUUAUCACAGAUUCAACAAUUACAUGGACAAGUGCUCCGGAGGACAGAGUUACCUCACCGUGGACAAGCAUGGGAAAGUGAGCCUGCGGUCAUUGAAUUCGCUCGAAAGCAUUGCCGAUGCGGACUGGAAAUCUAUUAACCCACCAAAGAAGUUCAACCAUCAGGAAUUUCGAUUUUGGGUUUCCGGCAGUACUGGCAAAUGCCUCACUGUUUUUGUCGGGAGCGGUGAGAAGCGAAUAGCUGGAGUAUCAGACUGCAAGUUUGAUGGCUCCAAUCCUUACCAGCUCUUUGCCUUCCGGUUCCAUUACCACAAGGCCUUCUGCUGCUGUGGCCUUCACAAUGAAUAAACGUCCAGGAAUUAGUCCAAAA